CCGGGCUCUCCCGCUCGAAGGAAAGCGGAGCGAGAAUGGAAAAGCGGUGAAUGGGACACAAGCCGCGCCAGACACCUGCCUGCCACCCGGCUGCCACCCCGCUCUGCGCGGCCGCCCGCCGCACGGGCCGGCCCCGCCGCGCUCCCCGCGGGCUCAGGAGUCUUCGUACACAGCCGGCUGCGCCUGCCACUGGCCCGGUCACUACCCCGCUCCGCUGGGGCCAGACCCCCGCGCUGGCCAAGGAUUUUUAGAGCACCUCAGACGACUUCUCAAAUGGAUGAUUAACUUCACAAUGGCAGAACUCACAGUGGAGAAUGGCAGCUGUAUGGACUGGCAAAAGCGAUGCCUUGCCUUGGAGUCCCAGCUCUUCAAAUUCCGCUUGCAGGCAAGCAAGAUCCGAGAGCUGUUAGCCGAGAAGAUGCAGGAGUUGGAACAGAGAGUGAUAGAAGCAGAACAAAGAGCUGAGGAUGCAGAGAAACAGGUAAGACUUAUGGAAGAGAAGAUAAAACUAGCCGAUGUGAAGACCAGUGAAUCAGACAGCACUCUGCACAGGAAGUAUCAAGAGCUGAUGGGCACAGUGCAAGGAAAGGAAGAUCUGAUCAACAGAUUGGAGAUACAGCUAGCAAAACAGAAACAGCUGAGGACUGAGGAAGCCAAAAUUGUUCAAGAGAAAGCUGCCAAGAUCAAGGAGUGGGUAACAUUUAAGCUGAGAGAGCUUGAGCUAGAAAAUUACCACCUGAAAAACUGUAAUCAGAGACUGACGGAGCAAAUUGAAGCCCUUCAGGAUACAUUGCAAGAUAUGACCAGCAUUCCUCCUUUUGAAUCUCUUUGGAGCUGUAAUUUUCUGAAGUCCAGAGCAUCACAGGCCUCUUUUGCUGAGAAUAUAGACCAGAAAUCUGUGCUCUUUGCACCUGGUUUCAGACAGGUGUGUCAGACAGGAUCUACUAAACAUGUCCUCUCUACAGCAAACAUAGUCCUUGCCAAUGACACCUUUACUGAGGAUGAAGAGGAUAAAUCUCUGCUUUCCCAGAGCACGCUGAAGCUCAUGUCUGACCCAUCGAGAUGGAAUCUCUCCACAGAGAAAGAUAUAUUCCCACAUGUAAGUUCUGAACACAGGUUAGGGUGCUCUGAUCCCACACCACUGGACCCUCCAGCUGAGGCCACAAGAAUCCUUGAGGCUUUGACUUUCCAGUCAUCUUUGGAAGGAAAACAUAGCACUGUGAGCACCUUGCAACACGUGGCUUUGGAUGGCACCCGCUUCUCUGAUGAUCUGUGUGCCAGGUUCCGCUCCCACCAGCUGGACUCCUCUUCUUCUGGAGAAAUAAUCAGCAUGCUUGAGAGCCGUCUCCAGACUGCUGAACCACCCUUGGUUGUGUCAACAUCAGCUGUUACAACCCAUUCCUUCUGUCCGGGGAGGGAAUGCAGUCUUGGCAGUAGUAUGACCUUUCCAAAAAUACGAACUAAUACACCAAGAGACAGUAUCCAGCUAGCCAAGAGACAUUACAGCCAACCACAGCCAGGGGCUGAUUCUUUCCACCACGUAAUGAGCUUAGAAGCUAGCACCUUCCAGCCUGUAACAGACUCUCCAGUCUGCCAUGGGCAAGUGAAGGAGACAGACAUUGAUGAUGAUGGAGUACUGGAGAAGAUGGAGACAGAACAUGGUCUGGUGAAGAAAGAAGCUGGAGUGUGUGAGGAAAUCAACCACUUAUCUGCAGGGCAAAGAGAAGCUAUGAGUUUGGAGGCUGGUGUUCUUGACGCAGGAAGUAAACCACCCACACCACCACUGCACAGAUUCCCAUCAUGGGAGAGUCGAAUCUAUGCUGUGGCCAAGUCUGGCAUGAGGUUGUCUGAGGUGGGCGCAGUGAAUGAUACUUCCAACUGCUUUUCCAGUUUCUCAUGUUCAACUUCUCGGCCAUUUACCUGUCUCAUCUACAGAAAUGUCACAGUGCCAGUCUACACUACGCUGAAGGGGAAAGCCACACAGAUCAGCAACGUGCCUUUCUUAGAUGAGUCUUCAGGCUCUGAUGAUGACUGCAGCUCCCAUGCCAGCUUCAGGACUUCUACUGCUGGAUCUGAGAACAGGAAAGCCAGCAUGCCAGGCAGUCCUCGUGCAGUGAAGAGAGGGGUAUCUAUGUCUUCACUGAGUUCUGAGAGUGACUAUGCCAUCCCUCCUGAUGCCUACUCCUUGGAUGGUGACUAUUCAGAGCCAGAACAUAAGCUACAGCGAACAUCUUCCUAUUCCGCUGAUGGUGGAAUCUGCACUGAACCCAUGGAGAAAUCAGGUUACUUGCUGAAAAUGGGCAGCCAGGUGAAGAUGUGGAAGAGACGAUGGUUUGUUCUAAGAAACAGACAAAUCAUGUACUACAAGUCUCCGAGUGACGUUAUCCACAAGCCACAAGGGCAGAUGGAGCUGAAUUCUUCAUGUCAAAUUGUCAGAGGUGAAGGGUCUCAAACAUUCCAGCUCAUGACAGACAAGAGAACUUACUUCCUAACAGCAGACUCUCCCAACAUCCUGGAGGAAUGGAUUCAUGUCCUACAGAGUAUCCUGAGAGUGCAGGUGACCAGUCCUGUUGGUGUUCCUCACAGUGAUGCCAAACCUACUGUGAAAGGUUGGCUCACCAAGGUCAAGCACGGUCACUCUAAGCUGGUCUGGUGUGCACUGAUUGGAAAAACUUUCUACUACUAUCGAAAUAAUGAAGAUAAGUGUCCUCUAGGGCAUCUGCCUAUGCGUGAGUCCAGAGUGGAAGAGGUAGACCGUUCCUGUGACUCUGAUGAAGAUUAUGAAGCUACUGGUGGAGGACUUCUCUCAUCCCACUGUACACUGGUGAUUCACCCACAGGACCAGAGUCCCACAUACUUACUCAUUCGUACCAAACAGGAGAAGAAUACCUGGCUGUACCAUCUGACCGUAGCGGCUGGUAGCAGUAACGCCACAGUGGGCACAUCAUAUGAACAACUCAUUGGAAAGCUAUUGGAUGCAGAGGGAGACCCUGAUUCUCCUCUGUGGAAACAUCCUAUGUUGUGCUACAGUAAAGAUGGGCUGCACACAUCCCUCACCACUCUGCCAUCAGAGGCUCUACAGACUGAAGCUCUGAAACUUUUUAAGUCCUGUCAGCUGUUCAUCAAUGUCCCUGUGGAGGCACCUUCUAUUGAUUACCAUGUGUCACUUGCCCAGACAGCACUGCAGGUCUGCUUGACACAUACGGAGCUGCAGAAUGAAAUCUACUGUCAGCUGGUUAAACAGACCAGCUGCCGACAACCCCAGAACCACUCAUUCAUUCAGUGCUGGCAACUCCUGGCUUUGUGUGCUCCUCUCUUCCUGCCUCAACAUCACUUCCUCUGGUACGUCAAACAACACCUGCAGCGACACGCAGACCCCAGGAGUGAAAUAGGCAAGUAUGCCACCUACUGCCAGAGAUCAGUAGACCGCACAGUGCAGACUGGCGAGCGGGAAGCCAAGCCCUCCCGGAUGGAGAUCGUGUCCAUCCUGCUGAGAAAUCCUUACCACCACUCACUCCCCUUCAGCAUCCCAGUGCACUUCAUGAACGGAACCUACCAGGUUGUAGGUUUUGAUGGCUCCUCAACGGUUGAUGAAUUAAUACAGCAACUGAACCAGGAAACAGGAAUGAAGAAGCCAUCCCACAUGGGAUUUGCUCUGUUCACAGAUGAUCCUUCUGGCAGGAAUUUGGAACACUGCCUGCAGGGCAAUAUGAAGAUCUGUGAUGUCAUUUCUAAAUGGGAACAAGCCUUAAAAGAAUUGCAUCCUGGGAAAUAUGAAGGUGGCACAAGAAUUGUGAAGUUGACCUAUAAGAACAGGUUAUAUUUUCAGAACCAGGCCAAAGGUGAGACAGACCGGGAGCGGUUGCUCCUGGCCUUCCAAGUCAGCAAUGAAAUCACCAAUGGAAGGUUUCCUGUUAAUAAGGAAUUAGCUCUGGAAAUGGUGGCUCUGAUGGCUCAGGUGGAAUAUGGGGAUCUGGAUCGACCAGGAUCUUCGAGUCCUGGGGGACUAUCACAAUCAAAAAUGCAGCAUCUUCUCUACCAGGUCUUAGAUAAAUUCUACCCCAAACGCUACAAGCAAAACAUUACUCCUGAACAGCUCAGACAACUGGCUGACAGGCUGGCGACGAAGUGGAUGGUCCUACAGGGAUGCUCUCCACCAGAAUGCGUUCGAAUUUAUUUGACAGUGGCCCGUAAAUGGCCUCUCUUUGGAGCCAAACUAUUUGCUGCUAAGCCUAUUUUGCCUUCUGCAUUGGAAGACUGUCCAGUCUGGAUAGCUGUGAAUGAAGAUGGUAUCAGCAUACUGGAUUAUAACACUAUGCACAUGAAGGUCUUUUAUUCAUACUCCUCUGUGCUGACCUUUGGAGGCUGUCGAGAUGACUUCAUGAUUGUAGUCAGUCAAAUGAAAGAGAGGAGCUCUGGGAAAAACAGCACUGAAAAACUCCUUUUCACAAUGGCAAUUCCAAAGAUUGUUGAAGCAACACUUCUUAUUGCCAGCUACAUUAACUACCGCUGGACACCUUCACUCCUGUCUUCUACACAGCCCUCCCGCAGCAAAACAUCUGCAAACAAGCUCUGGGAGACUGAAAGCCCGUGCUUUUUUCCUUCUGUGCCCCGAAGCACUAAGGGGCCCACCCUGCUCUAAGGGCUCAUUCCAAAUGACUUUGAGUGAUCUCGUUGAUUUGUUUGGGCUUUUUUUUUUUCUUUCCCCCCCUUGCUCUGCACUGAUUUGCAGACUGCCAUGAUUUUGCUGGUUACACACUCUAAUGCAGAUCAUGAUUCUUUUUCCAUAAUAACAGACAAAGCUCCUUAGUUUGGGUAGAGGCAGUGUCCCUUUUCUUAAAAACAAAACAAACCAAACAAAAAAAAAGUUGAUUUUUGGGAACUGCACAGGAAUUUCCUUUCCAUGCCAUGUUCCAUCCAAAAUACCAUGCCUUAAGUCAUUUGCCUGCACACCGCCGCAGUCACAUUACAUCUGUUCUCUUUCCUUGCACCCCUUCUUCUUCUGUCUUCUGAUCUUAAUGCUUUGCUUACAAGCAUAUACGUUUUCUUGGAUCUCUACCAUUUUCAGCUUUGCACUUGCCUUUAGAUCACUGUAUAUCCUGUGUGUGGAAUCUCAGUCCAGCUCCUAAAACUCACAGUGAUCUCUUUUUCUCAUUAUCGCCCCUUUCAGUUAUUAUCAUUAUUUCCAAUAAUCUUCUGUUUGCAUCAAUCCCUAACUUGCUCACUUUUAAUCUAAAUUAGACUGCAGCCUCUGCAAGGCAGAUUUGAGUGGUAUAUAGGCUUGAAUCUGACUGCAGAGGGCUGAGCACACAGUCCGAUCCAACAUAAAAACAGGUGGUAAUGGAUACUGUGGCAUGAACCCCCUACAAGGAUGUAUCCUGUUGAAUACUGCCUGGAUCAGGAGCUGCACAUCACUGCAUCAUAAACUAGAUAUACACUGAAAAGGUUAUUACCAGAGUGUAAAAUUAACAUGACAUAGUCUGAUCAGGUAGUUUAGAUGGAACUUCAGCUCUAGGCUCUGGUUGUGAAUAGCUAGCAUAUUAAAGGUUUUUACCAGUGUUUAAAUUAAAUGUUGCCACUCCCGGAACAACUAUAGUCUUUUUGCAGAGACUAUAAUAGUGUUUAUGCAACUGCUUAACACAACCCAGAGGACAAUUUAAUUUCCCCUAGAGCUAUGACAACUCCUCCCUGAAACUGAUGCUAAAAUGGGAAGACAGAAACUUUCCAAGUCCUUGCUCCAGAUAUGAAACAAUGAAAGAAGACACUGUUGAGAAGGAAGAGGAACUAAACUGACAAGAAUAAUUCCAACGCAAGUCAAGGGUAAUUUCAGACCUGAAAUAGUGACUUACAGAAUAAGAGUUCGGUGGUACGCAAGAAUAUUUUAAACUUUAACAAAAGGUGGAAACCUGGUGUCUUUGCAUGUUGAGGACUCGGAACGGCUGGGACUCAGUGUCAGAUGAUGCCCUGGCUCCCACAGGACUGAUGCAUUUCAGGAGUCGAUGCUGUUCUAUGCAAGAGCUGAAUGUUAGAUCUCUGCUGCAGGGCUGAACGUGUCACACACUCCUCCUCAGACAAGCACUUUCAGAAACUCUGUUCAUCUCUGUGGUAGAUGUUUCAGGAUGUGUUUGAAACUCUACAUAAUCUCAGACAAAGGAAGACAAGGCAAGCAAAUGUUGUACUUUUUCUGUCUUUCAGCAACAGGAACAGAUUUCCCCAAACCAGCUCUGCCAUUCUGACUUGACAGAAGCUGCUCAUUUCAAACUCCUGCCUCCCUCAUGCUACCACAGCAAGGAGGAGAGGUAGUCAGCAAAUGUGUCGUUAAGAAUUGUUCUUCCGAGUUUCCAAAAGAAUGGGGUUUUUUUAAAAUCUGUUUCAAAGGGACUUUGUUAUGACUGAAGACGUUAAUGGAUUUUAAACAAAUAAAAGAAAAAUAACAGCUCUUCUUGAAAAAUCUAAAUCUACCUGGCUUGAGUUCAGCUAUUUUGAUAAGCAUUCUAGAAAAGCUAAGGAAGAAUAACUGCACUACUUCACAAUAAUUAUGGAUUCAUGGGCAACUUUCCCAAAUUAGAACAGUGUGAACUCAACCAUUAGAAUGAAUUCAGCAAUAGCAAACCAGUUAUCGCAAAUGAACAAACCAACCAUACCACUGUUUUUACUUCUCUAGUACCUGCCACCAACCUUGAAACACUCAGUUAACGCAUACAGUGGAACCAAUUCUUCAAGGAAUUUCUGUUUCAUGCCUACGUUGGGUGCAAAGUCACAAAUUAGAAGAGAAGAGCAUGGGAGAGACAAAAAUAGUUCUAAGCAAUCCGUUAUCAGCAUCUUUGUAACAUUAAAAACAAAACCAACAACAACAAAACACAAAAAAACCUCAAACCAACCAACCAAAAAAAAGCCACCCAUGGGUUGCAGAAACCAUAUUUCAGAAAUAAGACAGGAAAAUAUUGUCUAAAUGGAGACCUGAUUUGCACAUACUGUGAUGUACUUGUUAUGAAUUUAAGGAUCAGCCCUUGAAGUUAUGGAAAAGGGUAGAAGUUUUCUGAGCCAAAACCAAUUUUGAGAAGGUGUUUAGUCUUUUUUUUUUUUCUUAGAUACUUUUAAGUUAUGAUAUAUCCUGAUAGCGUGGUCAGUAGUGUGUGUUUCCUCUCCCUCACACACACACAGUGAACUCAGUAUGGCUCCAAUACUUUGAAUACAGAGAGCAGUAUUCCUCCUCACCCAGUCACCUGUACCUACAGUUCCUCCUGUAUCUGAAGGUCUUUUUGUCCUCUUGUAUCCCACCACUAGCAAAGCUGCUUCAGAAUAAGCUGAGCAGUCACUGGUGCUGGGGAUGCUGAAGGCAUAGAAGUCUCCAGCUGACACUUCAGAGCCUGUACUUCCCUUCCAGAGCUAACACUCGUGUCCUUACAGACUUGUACCAGGUCAUGCAGGAAGCUGAGAUGUUGAAUGAGCAAAAGCUGUCCUGAAGCUCAAUAUUUUCUGCCAUAACUGCACUUUAAAUUGAGAAGCAUGGCAUAUGAAACUUUUUUUUUUCUUCCUUAUUUCUUAAAAAUAUUCACCAAUACUUGAGUAUUUCAGGGACCACCCCACUCUGAUGGAUGCACAUAUACCUCUUAUUUAUAGCUUACCUGACUUCAGUCAGACUUGUAUAGAUAGCUAUUUUGUAUGAUUCUUUAGUAGAGAAAACAAUUUUUAUUUUAAUCAAUGCUUUUGACAAAGAUGAUUGCUGCAGCAUAGAAUUAGAUGACAAAAGCCUUUCUUAGUCCCUAACUGCUGUGUGUAUGUAAAAGGAUGUCUGGGAGAUACUGUGAGAUUUCUGCUUGUUCUUAAUAAAAUGCAGUUAUUGUGAA